UACCUGCUCUGUGCUCCUGGGGGAGGAGAUAUGGAAACUGACUCAGUGGCUGAAGCCUCAGGUAGUGACCCUGAACUAGUCGAAGGUUGUGAGUUGCAAAGACUUUGGUCAAUUGUUCAUCGACACACUGGAUCUGAAAACAGUGACAAUCCGCCCUCUCCUUAUUCCCUGUACAUUGGCAUGUUGGAACAUCUUUAUCCAUUCCUUCAGCGUCUUGCUUUAUUUGUAAACUGUUUGACUGGAACAGACUUCAUUCAUUCUUCAGCUUCAAUGGCAUCCAAUUUCACUGAUUUAUGUGCUUACCUCAAUCUUCCUCAAUCUUUAUCUUCUCUCUUCACUAAACCCGCUGUCAUUAAAUUGUGUCAAAAUUUGUGUUCUCAUCCUCGUUUGGCUGAUGUUGUCCAUUGUCUCAAUUCCUCAUCCUCCACUCUCAUAUCAGUCAGUGCAUCUCUCACUCCUUUAGCUGUCCAGCCAACAAGACGCCUCAUCAAUAUGCCAAAGAGAUACGCUGAGCUUAUCAAAAUGGCAUCUGAAUUCAAGUGUCCUAAAUCAACGAUGGAGACUGAUGAUACACAGAACACUCAGACUGUCAUGCUUUGCUUGUUGUGUGGAGAGCUCUUGUGCACUAACUGUUAUUCUUGUCAGGAGUCUCUCAGCGACGACGAGUCUGUCAAAAUCGGUCAACUGACUCAGCAUUCUCAACUGUAUGUGCCGUUAAGAAUAAUUAUUUACAUUAUAAAAAUUAACCGAUUUCUGAAAAGUUCCUGUACCAUGUGUUUUCUUAAUGGUUCCAAAAUCACCCCCAACUAUUGACUUGACUAUCUAGUUUGAACAAUUUUUUAAGCUAUGGCCAUCUAAAAAUGAGCUAAUUUUUGAAUGAUACUCAUAUGGUAGUGGUACUGUGUAGUUCAUGCCAGGGUUUCACACAAAGCAUGCUAAGUGAGCUAAAGUUUAAACUGGAGCUGACAAGCACAACAUCCCUGCAGGGACUUUGAUUUGAUUUUGGAGCAGCUUUAAAAAUUC